AUGCUCGGCUCUUGGGACGCAGCGAGGCCUACUACGGUCUGGGCGGUAGCCCUCCUACUUUUCGGCUUCGGCCAGCUGACUCCGGUGGUUGCACUGCGCACCACUCAUGGUUCUCCUUGCGUGGACGAGUGUAAUCAGCGUUCGAACAGCACGACAGGUUCCGACAUUGUCUGUCUCGAUGGAGAUUUCAGUGACACGGCGAGGGGCUCGAAAUUCCAGUCAUGUGUCGAGUGUCAACUGCGCAGUAACUAUUCCGAUGAAGCUUCCGGGCAGACAGAUGUGGAUUGGGGACUCUAUAACCUCCGAUACGCGUUUACCACCUGUGUCUACGGGUUCCCGGAAAAUAUCAACAAUAUGUCGAGCCAGUGCACGGUGAAUUGCCAAAGCCUCGACUUGGCGGUAGAAUAUGACCUCAAGAAUCCCAGUGGCAACAACUUCGACAGCUGGUGCGGUUCCACGGCGUUUGCUGACAAUGUGAUCAGCGACUGCGAGUCUUGCUACAAUCUCACCUCAGGGCAGAUUUACAUGGCAAAUUGGUCGAACGUGGCGUAUGUAGUCCUCGAAGCUCUUCGUUAUAAUUGUCAUUUCCCAGUCCCCAGUGGGAAAGAAUUCCCCAUCAACCCGACUCGCAUUUUCAGCCAGUCUCUUCUGCCCGAAUCAACGGUCGAUCUGAUCAACCCGUCGGGCACUAGUGGUUCUGGCGUGAAGAAUCUAGCUCUGGUAAUUGCGCUUCCGAUUCUCGGGUUCAUUAUCUUGGUGUGCACCCUGGCUGUCGGCUGCUUUUUCUUUAUCAGGUCGCGUCGCCGGAAAGCCCGCAGGGAGCGUGCUUCGGGACACUUGCACGCACGAUGGAACGACACCACCAUCAGCACACCUGGACAGGGCAAUUGGGGCCAAUACCAUGAUAUGUAUAGCCCCGGCACGCAGCACGGGUAUGGAGCGGGGUUCAAUUUCGUGGACAGCGAUGGCCGCGAGCAGCAGACUGUGGGGUUUUCCAAAUCCCACUAUGCGUCAGCAAGUGAGUCGUCAAUGCAAGCACCGUCUACGACGUAUUCAGUCGAGAAGGAGAAGGGGGUCGAGCCUCAACAUUAUUCUGGGGCACCGCCGUCGCAGAAACAGUAG